AUGGACAACGCCGCUCAACUCCUCGACCAUGGGCACCAGCUAUAUGCCCGCGUGGGCGGCGCUGCGCCGGGCGCCGCUGAUCGGCCGCCCGCCUUCAAAGCAAUCGGUAUAGGACUGGCUAUCGGCUCCGGCGCAUUCAUCGGAACCUCGUUCGUGUUGAAGAAAGUCGGUCUGCUCAGGGCAAACGAGAAGUACAACGAAGUAGCGGGCGAAGGAUACGGCUACCUGAAAAACUUUUAUUGGUGGGCUGGAAUGACUCUGAUGAUCCUAGGCGAAGGGCUCAAUUUCGCCGCCUACGCCUUCACGGAUGCUAUUCUGGUUACCCCUUUAGGGGCAUUAUCGGUCGUCAUCACAACCAUUUUGUCGGCCAUAUUCUUGAAGGAACGGUUGAGCAUGGUUGGAAAAGUCGCAUGCUUCCUGUGCAUCGUCGGUACCGUCGUCAUCGUCAUGAACGCGCCCCAGUCGUCAUCGGUCGCCAACAUCCAGCAGAUGCAGGAGUAUGUGAUCCACCCUGGCUUUCUAACCUAUGCCGGGGUCGUCAUAGUAGGGUCCAUCAUCGUGGCUUUUUGGCUGGGACCCAAGUAUGGCAACAAGAACAUGAUGGUCUACAUCUCCAUUUGCAGCUGGGUGGGCGGCCUUAGUGUCGUCGCCACUCAGGGUCUGGGUGCUGCUAUAAUUGCACAAGCCGGGGGAACGCCCCAGUUCAACCAGUGGUUCCUAUACGUCCUCCUGGCCUUUGUCAUUGGAACACUUGUGACGGAAAUCAUCUUCCUAAACAAAGCUCUCAACAUUUUCAACGCCGCACUGGUAACCCCGACAUAUUAUGUAUACUUUACCAGCACCACGAUUAUCAGUUCCGCAAUCUUGUUCCGGGGUUUCAAGGGGACACCGACCUCCAUCAUCACUGUCGUCAUGGGCUUUCUGACGAUUUGCUCCGGCGUCGUCCUGCUACAACUGUCAAAGUCAGCCAAGGACGUACCCGACGCUGCUGUUUUCUCUGGCGAUUUAGACCAGAUCCAAACCAUUGCGGAGCAACCACAGCCCGAGACGGAACCAAAGGCAGAUGCCAUCCGAGGCACCGCGGCUAUUGUUAGGAGACUGUCUGCCGCGAGGCAGAAGAUGGAGAUUGAAGAACUCAAGCGGCUGCAUGAGGAGAAGCUCCAGGAGAGCCUUGAGCCGGUAGGCGAGAACGCAGUGCCUCAAUUCGAAUGGGACGGCAUAAGGCGACGGAGGACAGGGACAUUCAGCACUCAUGGGGCGAGGUCGAUGACUUCUACAACGCCUAGUAACGCCUUCCAUCCGCCCCGGACUCCGACAGCCCACCCCCCCCUGGGUUGGUCCCAUAUCCCAACCGAGGAGGAACUCGCUGCAGCCAAUAGGCCGGUAUCACCAGCCCUCUCUAGUCUUGUUGGUACUAUACGCAACCGAGCUCGCAGUGUACUACUUCCAGGCCAUCCCGAUUUUCGCGGGAACCCCAACCAGCCCAAGGUGCAGAGCCCGAUGCACCCAGUUCAACUGACGUCGAUAGCGGUGCCGGGGUCGAAAUCUGCAGAGGAAUACGUCCCCGGCCGCGAUUUCGACUCACACAACUGGGACAACGCUGAAAACUCUAACAGGCGCAUACAGUUUGCCGGCGAGGUUCGCAAGGUGUCUGACGACAGCGAACCUAGAAAUACGCUUGCGCCACCGACACCACCGCCUCACUCGGUCCUGCGGCAGUUCUCGUUCCAAAACAUAUUCAAGCGCCAUCAGUCGCACGCCGAUGAUAGGGACCAUGCUUUGGACAGCCGACCCAAAUUGUCAUCGCGCGGCUCGUCCCGCGGCUACUCCAGCCCGCAGUUGAAAGGCGCGACCGAGGAAGAGAUGCUCGGGCUGGUAAAAGGCGAUUCCAAUCACGCACAGUCGAUGCCCACCCUACCUCGCUUUGAGGACAGCGGCGAGGAGGAGGAUGACGCCCAGGAUGUUGAUGACAAGCAGUUGCAGUACGGCCACAGCAUCACCAAAGGCUACAGGCAUAGCCCUCCAAGACGGAAUGAGAGCAGUGAAAAGGAGUUGGAAGAAGAGGACGAACUAACUGCGUAUCGGCAGCACCAGAAACGAUUCAAAGAACGGAGACGCAGCGGCAGCAGCGACGGUGACGACAGGCCACCGCCACCCCCACCGCAUGGAAAAGGAGGAGCUUUCAUCUGA